UGUCGAAUCCCUCUUCGUGCAUAUGGUUCUACUGAGCUCCGCGCAGUGGACGAGGCAGGCAUCCACGACCAUGACAAAACUGCGAUAGCCAUUCCCUCUGACCUUGCUGUCGAAGUCGAAGUCCGGCGAGAUUUGCUUUACGUCAGGCACAAUCUUACGGAGGUUCCUCAGGUGCUCCAGGAAAGCCUGGAAACCCUCGUAGAGGCGUUGUCCGUUCUCGGACUCGUCUGUCCGGAAGUGUUCGAUGUUGUUUAGAGCGAGUUCUUCCACCAGCUCCCACAAGUUAUUCGACGACUUCGCGUCCAGCACGGGGUCUUCGUCCGAAUCCAUCUCGGUGUGGGAAUCACGUUGUGCUGGGUGAUCCUCGGCUCCUUCGAGGGUCGCCAUGAUUCGUAGAUAUGGCCGCCUCCCGCUUGUGCGUGUUUAAGUGCUCGGGGAGACCAGGAUUGCCGAUAUAUCAGGCCUGUAUUGCGUUCUCCCCCAUUCACCGAUCCUUCCAUGCAUCCCCCGUCUGUCUCGGGAAGCGGAAUUUCCGGAAGUUCUUGCUCCAUAACAAGAGAGGGCCUAGGAGUCAUAAGCUCAGGCAGAUGACACCUGAGAGAGAAUUGCCCAUUGAUCAUCUUGGUGUUCGACCAGUGGGGUACACCACCAAAGACCAGAAGUUCAUUCUAAUACCAGAGAUGGUACCAGAAUUAAUUGUUCCAGAUUUAUCUGAUUUUCAUCUGAAGCCAUAUGUUUCUUACAAAGCACCUGAAGUCAAUCAGUCAGCAUUCACUGCUAAGGAUCUCUUUGAUGCAAUAUACAGCAGAAAAAUUACAGAAGACUUGAAGUCAGGGAACCUUGAUGAACAAGGAAAUCCAAAAGCACCCAGUGUGGAGGAAGCCCUCACUGUAGAGGAGGCAUUAUUGCGAAGCAAACAGACUGGGAGUGAUUUGUUUACAGAGACCUGGAAAGAUGUGCCCAACACAUAUGGAACAACUUUAGAGACUGAGGAAGAUAUCAAGAAUUUGCAGAGGUGGUUUGCAAAGAAGAACUUUCUUGAAGACAAACUAUGAGGUUUUCCCUGACUGUUGGCAG